AUGAUGGAUAAUGUGUUUCAUAAAUGUAGACUGUGUUUAAAGCUCGGUGAUUUCUGCUCAAUAUUCGAACAAGAUGACUCCAUUAAAUUGUCUGAAAUGGUUAUGUCUUUUGCAAAUAUUCAAAUAUGUGAAGGGGAUGGACUCUCUGACCGUGUAUGUACAUCUUGUAUUGAAAAUUUAAGUACAGCCUAUUUAUUCAAACUUCAAUGUGAGAGAAUAGAUGCACUACUUAGAAAAUGCCCAGAUGCCCAAAUUGACAAACCAGAAGUGUCGGGUUACGAUGCAUUUUUCAAUACUGAAUUUCAUAUGCAUACUGUGUAUGGUUCUGUAGAGGGUGAUAAUGAUCAAAACACAGUAAAGGAUGCAAAUACAGAGUCACCUGGAAACGGAUUAGAAGUAAGUGAUGAGACAGAUAGUGAUAUUGAUUCUAUUAAGUGUGCACACUGUAGUCAAUCUUACGGACAUCAAGGUGCCCAUCUAUGUAACGUCACUUGCACUAUAGAACAUAACAAUUUGCAAAGAUCUAGCAGCAAUGAGACCCUUGUUGCAUCAGACUUACCACCUACACCCCUUCCACCACCGGUCGAGAACAUCAAACCAGUUUUGCCACUUAAUGUUGAAACAGAGACAGUUUAUGUGUCAUGUGUAUUGUGUGAUAACAAAUACACUGAAUAUGAUGACUAUGUCAUCCAUAUAAAUAAGUGUACAACAAACGUCAAAUUGCACCAUUAUGUUUGUCCGGUAUGCCAUGAAAUAUAUUCUGGUAAGUUGGAAUAUUUGGAACAUUUGAAAGAGGUCCAUUUUAAAAUUGAAGAACAGCUCAGUGAUGGAGUAGAUGUGGUUGACAGUUUCACUGCUAUCUAUGAGAAGAGUAGGAAACCAAAAUCUGUACGCCGUCAAAUAGGUUGGUCUGUUGAAGAUAUAUACCAAGAAAUUGAUUGUAAAAGGGUAGAAGAUAAACAAACACCAACAACCAGUCCAAUAAAAUCAUUUUUCUCUAAGUUUGGGAACGAGUCUUUUAGUAGGCAGAGCACUCCAAAAAGAGUGAGUUUUCGCAAACUGAUUGAAACUGGCAAAGCCAAAACAUCCAAUUACAUUCCUUUUAAAAAGUAUAUACAAAACUAUAAACAGAAAAAAAAGGUUGAUAGCUAUAGCCCCAUAAAUGGCAAAAUGCAAUCCUCCAGUAAGAUCCGACUUUCAUUGCCUGGAGGCACAUCAGACAGUGAUUAUGGUACUGUCAGUGGAACAUCUGAAGAAUCAUGGAGAAUGAAGCAAAAUCUAAUAUGCGCUUGUGACAAGAAAGUUUUCAUGCUAUCUGAGUUUAUUCAUGAUCGGGAUAGAAUUGUGUCAAUGAUUCAUGAACUUGACGGUGUGGUAGCUGAGAACACAAAAAUGGAGAUGUUAGCAACUCAUUUUAUAUCGGUGAUGCCAAAUGACACAUUCACUGGCAUGAUGGUAUGUGCUCUAGCUACUGGCAAGUGGCUGCUGCACAUCAGUUUUAUAUAUGACAGUUUUAGAUGUAAAAAGUUCAUGGACGAAAGCAUUUAUGAAUGGAUGAAACAUCCAAAAAUACUGGAAAUAGACAACACUAGUGUGGAGGUGGCUAGAGCAGCUGUGUUUUGGCAUUUGGAAUUGCAAGCACUAAGUGCCAAAUUUCCGUUUGAGGGCAAACAGGUUGUUCUGAUCAUGCGGAAGAAAUAUCGCCAAUAUUACAACAUGAUCUUUAAAACCCUUAAAGCGAAACCCAUCACAUAUGACCCAAGAACUCCAGGUAGUUGCUGCUCUGCCGAUUAUUGUUUUGUGGAUAUGAAAAUUAUAGAAAGAGUAAAACUACGUUUCUUUGCACGGCAUGACGUUCCUGUAUUUCCAUAUCAAUAUAUACUUAUUUACCUCUUGAAAAGAGGCAAUGUAGAUGAUGAACACAAGUACUUACUGCAAGAGUGUAAAAGAAUACCUUCUCGAGACAAAGUAGAUUUUUUAAAUCUGACAUAUUGA